AUGUUGUUCAUGAAACUCGUUAAGGUCACCAAUGUCAUUUCCUGCAGGUGCCUCGAUAAUGCCCAGGCGAGCAUCAAGGCCAUCGCCAAGACAGGACCAUGCAAGCUGGAGUACUUUGGGCGUACGGUGACAUGGAAGAGUCCCGACUACUCCAGGAGCUCGGUGCCUCCACUCAACUGCCACGUAAUUCUGGAAGCUCAGCAAGGCCACGUCCUCAAGCUUGACCUCGCAGACGUGGGUUUAAGCGAAGGCAGAGACAGCUGCCAUACUUCCAUACUGGAAACGUGGGAUGGAAACAAUACAGGAUCUCACCUGCUGGGUUCGUUCUGUGGAGCUGGAUCCGAAGCCCAGUUCGUCACCACAAAGACCCGACACCUGUACCUCAAGUUUAAGCUGGACAGCGACGUUGAAGACGGAUACUUUUUCAUCAGGAUCGACGCCAUCACGGACGUGUACGGGCGGCCGGUGGUCAGUAAACCCUUGGACAGCCAAAGUGACGACGUAGACGACCAAAGCGGUGGUGGCAAGGUGGUUGGAGGCAAGGAAGUCAAGAAGGGAUCCCAUCCCUGGCAGGUGAUGUUCCGGCUACCUGAGCAACCUGCUCACUGCGGAGGUGCCUUGCUGAACGAGCGCUGGGUCCUGACAGCAGCCCACUGCUUUGACCUUCUGCCAUCGGAUGUCAAGCUAUCUCAGAUACAGGUCCUCCUGGGGAAACACAAUCAGUUCGUUUCUGAACCGAACCAACUACUUGCGGGCAUCAAGCAUAUGGUCAUGCACCCUAAGUACGAUAGGGUGUCACAGGACUCUGACCUCGCCUUGGUGGAAUUGGAUGCGAGUAUAGAGUUCAGCGACUACGUCCGACCUGUGGCAUUGGGUGACCCGGGUUUCAUAGAAAAAGAGUACUUCAGCAAGCCCAACGUGCACGGCAUUGUGUCCGGCUGGGGAAAAACGGAGACAACAGAGCACUCCAAGGUGCUGCAGGAAAUCAAGGUUCCUAUCAAGAUGCCUGUUGUGUGCAAAGCCUCCACGGAACUUGAGAUUACUGCAAACAUGUUCUGUGCUGGAUACUCCAAAGGACAGUCCCACCGAGACGCUUGCAAAGGGGACAGUGGGGGCCCAUUGGUGGCAGAGGGCGAUGGCAAAUACUACGCCAUCGGCAUUGUGAGCUUCGGAGAAAGAAGCUGUCUGUCGAAAGGAAAAUAUGGAUUCUACGUAAUGGUACACAAAUUCAUGCCGUGGAUCAAGAUGGUUACUGGGCUCUAACUUUUAACCUGUGUAUGUUGGCACUCUUUUAAUCCUGCCCUCUUCUAAUAGCAACAACCUGAAAUAGUCAUAACGUCAAAGAACACACCACGUAGCAAGUGUCCUUAUCGUAUUUAGUCCUGCUGUGACGUACGAGGAGUAAGUACUUGCUGCGAUCCAGUCACCAUUUGCAUAACAUACGGAAGGAGCCUGAAACAAGAGCUUUGUUCCUUUAUCUUUCCUUUGCAGCAAGGCCCUCUUAUUGCACCAUUUACGGGAAUUUAUCAACACAGAAAGUGAAUAGGCCAGAAAUCGAAAGUAGUACAUUAAAAGAUAAUGCAACAAGUGUCUCCAGACAUGUCAUAUUUAUGUACAAGUAAAAAGCAGUAUGUCAAAGA